AUGGAAUCAUCCGCGUCCGGUUCAGGAGAAUCGCAAAAUCAAAAAAGAAGUGUUAUUUGGAUGCAUUUCACCAAUAUAUCGGAAGCUAAUGCAAAGUCUAAUCUUUGUAAAAAUAUUUAUUCGCAUAAAAAUGGAAACAUUAGCAAUUUAAGGAAGCAUUUGAAAACUAAACAUCCGACUCUUUCAUUGGAAGGAGAAAGGGCAAAACGGCGGGUGGAAGACGAAAAUAUGCCUAGGUGCAAAAAGAACUUAGUUUCAGAUCUGUCCAAUGCAAUAAACUCAUCUCCGGAUGAGCUGGACCCCAUGUUAACGCGAAGACUACGCUGGAACUGA